GUCUAUUGAACGCAUCGUUCUCUGCUGAAGCCGUUAACUCUGAUAAGGAAAUUCAUCUGAAAAAAGUAAACUGUAAGGUACAAUGAAUAUUAAUUAUGAAAGAAACAGAGGAACUAUGUCAUCUGAAGGGGUCGCCAACAGGGCUCUGACUAAUGUGACGGCAAUAUCGUGGAUAGUGCGGUUCAUUAUGAUCUUGGACAUAGUUGCGGGGGGAUUGAGUCUGUACUUCAAAGGGAUGGACUGGUUGGGAAUAGUACUGGUGAUUAACACCUUGGCGGCCCUUUGUCACCCCAUGCAUCUGCCCUGCGUUUUCUCCCAGAAACCAGAAAUCGGCAACAAGCCUUGUCGGAUUUACGGAAAGUUGGCUCUGUAUGUUUGGCUCUUCGUACUGAACUGCACUCUGAACCCUCUAUUUAUCUUUAUGUUCAUCCACUCCAUCUACUACCACACUCCAGCCGUCGUUUUCAUUCUGUUAAUCGUCUACCUUGUUACGUCCCUCGUUUUCACGGUGGUGAACCUGUACACGUUCUGUGUACUGUACAAGUACGGCUGCUGCUUCAUGUACAGUCUCAGACAGGACCUCGAAAUGGCGACAGCGACGGUGGAACCUGCGGAGGAGAGCAUUUAAGUCAGCGUGCCGGAAGCCAGAGUAAAAUUUUAUCCGCCUCAAUAUUCGGUACCUGUUCAGCCCGGAGAGCACGUGCGGUCAUUCGCCGCUGAGAAGCAACGAGGGAAUCAUUUAUAACUACUUGGCAUUGUGUGCUGAAUGACAAUUUGCAUGGACAUAAUUUUCCCCCGUCUGCCAUUGGUAGUUUGUUUUAAGAAUUCAAUGUUAUUUAUUUGUUUUUUUUUCUGGCUUUACUUAAUUGCUUUACCACUGAAAUUACUUUACCACUGAAAUUACUUUACCACUGAAAUAUAAAUCGAUAUUCAGCGUACUCGAACCUUGAAUAUGAAUUCGCAAAUGGGCGCAACUCGUAUUGCUUGACGUAAACUGAUGUGAGAGUCUCAUAAGUUAAGUAUAAAUUGCUUUGAGAGGCGUAAUUAUCUUACUGUAUAUCUUUUCUAUUUUUGAUAUCAUUUCGAAAUAUUCCUCUGGAAUUCAGGUUCGAUAAUCUUGCUUAUAUAUCACCGGAACAAAUUGAAUAGGCGUGAUGUUGAUCUAUGUGUAUCUCUCGUUUUAUUAAAGUCAUUGUACCCGUUUUAUUUAUAAAGUCGCAUAAUAUUGAUGAUAUAUGAAUCCUAAUGUUCCUGAAAUCUCAAUGGUUUCCUUGUUCACAGUUACGACGUCAAUUAUGCGAUUUUAAUUUGAGUUUAUCUAUACUAAUGAAUCCAAUUACGAAAUCAACCCAUUUUAUUUUGUUGAAUUGGUGAUCU